AUGCCUUCGAUGUACUGCGACUAUGAUUAUUUGAUAAAAUUUCUAGCUUUGGGAGAUAGCGGUGUGGGCAAAACGUGCUUCUUGUAUCAAUACACUGAUGGUGUAUUUCAUUCUCGUUUCAUCUCCACAGUUGGAAUUGAUUUUCGUGAAAAGAGAUUGGUGAGAAUUAAUCACCGAAUACAUUUGCAAUUAUGGGACACUGCGGGUGGGAAAGGAGACAAAAUAUUUGUGAAUAUAUUUCAAACCUCAAUUAUUGUUCUUAAUGUUUUAGGGCAAGAGUGCUUUCGCUCAUUAACAACUUCCUUCUUCCGCGAUUCCAUGGGGUUUCUUUUAAUAUUUGAUAUUACAAAUGAAAGAUCAUUCUUAGAGGUCCAGAGUUGGAUUGAACAGUUAAAGAUUCAUGCAUAUUGUGAUAAUCCUGAUAUUGUUUUAUGUGGUAACAAACUGGAUUUGGAUUAUUUGAGAGUUGUAAACACCUCACGAGCAAAAAGUCUUGCUGAAAAGUAUGACGUACCUUAUAUUGAAACAAGCGCAUAUACAGGAGAAAAUGUAAGCAAAGCUGUGGAGAUGCUCUUGGACAAAGUAAUGUUGAGAAUGGAUACUCUUUCAUUCCCUGGCAGAAUGCUGCCAAUCACACUACCCCCUCUUGUUGAAAAUAGUCAUAAUGGGAAUGACGCUUCUAUAAAACUUGACAACACGACGGCGAGGUCAAAAUGUAAUUGUUGAGUAUCCCAGAAGAUAUGAUUAAAUAUUAUAACCAAUUUUGUUGAAUGUUGAUGAUGAAAAUUUAAAAUAUGACAAACAAAAUGCUACAUUACAAU